GCAGUGCAGGCAGGAGACAGCCCCAGGCGGGCAGGGCAGUGCAGGCAGGGCAGUGCAGGCAGGGCAGCCCCGCCCGCCGCGGCUCAUCCCGCCGCCGCCCCCGCUGAUCCCCCCCCCUGUCCCGGCCCGGGCUGGGGCAGCAGCGCCGGGGGCGGCGGCGCCGGGCAGGCUGCCACCGAGGGCCCCGUCCCCGGUCCCCAUGGCGGCCCCGUCCUGCCCGGCCCUCCUGGCCACCUGCCUGGCGCUGCAGCUGGCCACAGCCCGGGGCGACGGGUGCAGCGGCUUCGGGAACCUCUUCACGGAGAUCCCGGAGAACAGCGCCCACGGGAGCCUGGUGGCCCGGCUGCCGGCAGCGGGGGACACGGGCAGCGCCGGGCUCCAGCUCUGCCUGGCCGGUGCCGACGCCGCCUGGUUCUACCUGGACGGCCGCAGCGUGCGGCUCAACGUCUCGGCAGGGCGGGCCCUGGACCGCGAGGAGCUGGAGUCCCCGGUGCUGAUGGUGGCCCUGACGUGCGCCGAGGACGGCUUCUCCCCGGUUGAGUACCGGAUCAUUGUCCAGGUCCUCAACGAGAACGACAACCGGCCCCACUUCCAGGGGGCCACCAUCCUCACCCACAACGUCAGCGAGCUGGCGGCCGUGCACUCGGUGGUGUUCAGCACGCAGGCGGAGGACGCGGACGGGGACACGCUGAUGUACGUCAUCGACACGGCCUCGCCCGACGCCAGGUUCUUCCGCAUCGACCUGCCCAACAGCGGGAAGGUGGUGCUGGCGCGAGCCCUCGACUUCGAGAGCAGGCAGCAGCUGGAGGUGGUGGUCACCGCCGUGGAGAUGAACACCCGGGAACGGUUCAACGCCUCGGCCCGCGUGCGCGUGAACGUGCUGGACGGGGACGACCAGUACCCCCAGUUCCUGCCCUGCACCCCCCGCACCCACCACGGCCUCACCGUCUGCACCAGCCCCGUCUACACCGCCAACGUCACCGAGGGCCAGCUCCAGGGGGGUCCCCUGAGCUUCAGCCCCGGCUCCGUCUACGCCGAGGAUGGGGACAGGGGGCUGAGGGCGGCCAUCACCUACUCCCUGCUGGCAGGCCAGGAGAGCGGCCGCUUCCACAUCGACAACAUGACGGGGGCCAUCACGCUGCUGCGGGCGGUGGAGAGCAGCCGGAGCACCCCCGCCAUCAGCCUCAGCGUCAUGGCCUCGCAGGUGAACGACGCCAACAAGUUCGCGGUGACGCAGGCGGUGGUGCGGGUGCUGGCGGCCAACCGGCACCCACCGCGCUUCGCCCACCCGACGUACCGAGCCUUCGUCCCCGCCGGCGCGCGCGAGGCCGCGCUCCUCCUCACCUUCGGCGGCCGCGUGCUGGCCCUGCGCGCCCACGACCCCGACUUUCCCGAGGGUGUGAACCCCCAGGUGCGGUACAGCCUGCGCCCCGGCGCCAACCACAGCCAGCUCUUCCAGGUGAUGCCCAACGGGCUGCUGGUGGCCCGCGCCGACCGCCUGCACCCCACCCAGACAUACCGCCUGCAGGUGCUGGCGAGGGACGAGGAGUCGGGGGAGACCUCGAGCACCGCGGUGGAGCUGGAGGUGCUGUGGCCGGGGCAGGCGGCCCCCCGGGACCCCUCGGAGGUGGGGUCGGGCCGGAGCCCCCUGAAUAUGGGGGUGCUGGCGGGGGGGCUGGGGGCCCUGCUGCUCCUCACCGCCGCCAUCCUCUUCCUCAUCAUGAGGGCGAUGAAGAAGCGCCAGCGGCAGCAGGAGACGGCCGACCGCGCGGCGCUGGCCAUCGAGAAGCACCCCAACGUGAGCCUGAGGUGGUUCCAGCCGGUCCCCGCCGGCAAGUCAGCCCCGAGCCCCCCCAGCCUCUACUACCCCAACGAGGGGUACAGCGAGGGGGGCGAGGUGCCCCCCCCCGCCGCCGCCCCCCCCCUGCCCCACUGCCACGGCUGA